GAGGGUGUGGCGCGAUGUUUGAAGUAAAUGUGGUUGCCCCAGAAUUCAGAGGACUCAAUACAGUUAAACAGCAUCGGGUUAUCAAUGAAUAUAAUCCUUGUGUUUCAUGUUUGCUUAUAGAUUCUGAAGGAAGAAAUUAAAAACAUGCAUGGUAUUCGUAUACAUACAAGUGCUCAGGACACCUAGACUUUUUAUAUCAAAAGUGCUUCAAAUUUACGAAAUGAAAAAUACAGCGACAUGUAUUUGGAUAUAGUUAACUGGAUUUGGAAUCAGUUGGAAUUGCGUAUAUUUAUACAUAUGUCACGAAGUUUAACGCAUUCGAAUUACUUGCGAGAGUGCAUUUCUCGCGAAAAAAUAAAAGGGUUAGCCUUCCUUUUUUGCGAUUUUUAGAGUAAUUUACCUCAGGUUCGACCUACAGGACCCUUUUCUCACUCGUUGGUUCCUAAGGAAUUCAAUAAAGAUAUCUAGAAAGUACGAAGACCAACAGCUAAUUGUAAGUAAAUACGAAGAAAAACCGACGAAAUCCAUCUAAAAUCAUCUUCCCGCUCUAUCUUUUGAUCCAUUAUUCCUAACUAUAAACUAUUCGCAUUCGUUUUCUUUUUCAGAUUUUUUUUUAAAUCUGCACAAUUUUGUAGAGGAAAAUGCAACGAGGUUAGUUGACUUUAAUCUAGUUUAUUAAUUCUUAUGGGUUUUACAAUUUGAUUUUCGUCUUAUUUGGUACGUUACCUCCAGACCCGGAAAACCAUUACGAAAAAGAACUGGCCUAGCUAGCACCCAUAGUAAAUAGGUAUAUCUGUGGCCAAAGUGGGCAAACCUUGUACUAAAAGCUGAUCAAAUCUCAACACUGCAGCCUAUCGUCGUUGCUGUCGUCAGUACUAUUAGACGCUGUGAGUCGACCCUAUAGCUGUGGUAUAUAGUUUGAGCAAAUCGCAUCGAGCUCCAUUUAUACAAGACGAUAUUCUCUAUGGCUCCAUUGCGGCUUAAUGUUUAUGUGCAUUAAUAGCGUCUCAGGUUAUGAAAAAUGAAGGCUAAAAAUGUCCGUUUGAUAGAGUUGCUAAAUAAUGAAUUAAACUUUUUAAUAGUAGAUUGAAACUGAUAAACGUCAAGUGUUGUAAGACGUACAGGUUAGGGUGUGGUUGCCACCAAUUAUAAUGAGUACUACUCAAAAAUUUGUAUUUUUCGCUUUGGCGGCAACGAUAAGGUUGCUAUUAAUAUAUUCCGAAUAUCAAAAGAUCAUCGCUGACAGAGUCGAAGUAUCCACAGCACUUAACUCAUGGAAAAAAGUUACCGAGGGAGUCUACCUACGAGAAGCUGGUAUCGAUCCUUACACCGGUGAUCUGUUUCAUGAAAGUCCCAUAGGCCUUGUCGUCUUCAGUUAUAUGCAAAAGUACUUGUCAUUGUGUAUGUUAUGUGGCAUAUUUGUCUUCACGGAUUUGGCCACGGCAUGGAUUUUGGGUGCGACUGCUUAUCGUUACACGAGUGAACUAAUUGCCACCGAACAAAAAGACAUCCAGAAACGCAAAAAGGAAUCCAAUGACGAAGAAUUAUCAACUUUACCUUCAUCAAUGUCAAUACCAGCAUCCAGUGUUACGUCUUCCGCUUUACUCGUACCUUCAGCUUACCUUUUCAACCCAUACGUAGUUUUUAAUUGUGUAGGAUUAACCACAACCGUUUUUACGAACUUUCUGCUAUCCGCGGCUCUAUAUUCUAUGAUAAACAAAUCGAGAUUAUGUAGUUGUUUCACUAUAGCUGUUUUAACAUUGCAAGGACUUUAUCCCAUUACUCUUAUGGUACCUGCCACAAUAUACUUGGCACGAAACGAAGAAGGUAAAAAUAAAAAUUUCCCCUACGGAAAUAUUAAUAAGACAAUAGCGAUGUUCAUUGGUAUUCUCAUUGCAUUAUAUUACCUCUCCUACAAAGUAUCAGGGAGCUGGUCAUUUUUGCACAGUACAAUUGGUUUCAUUUUAACAGUACCUGAUCUGCGGCCAAACAUCGGCCUGUACUGGUACUUCUUCACAGAAAUGUUUGAACACUUUAGGUGGCUAUUUGUUGCAUCAUUUCAAAUAAACGUAGGCCUGCUCUACGUUGCUCCUCUCGCGCUACGAUUUCGCCGCGAUCCUAUGCUCCUGGCCUUCUCGUAUCUCGCAAUCGCGGCUAUUUUCAAAUCGUACCCUUGUUUAGGAGAAGUAGGAUUUUAUAUGGCUCUACUACCAAUGUGGAAGCAUCUCUUUCCGCAUAUGCAGCAAGGAUUCAUUGUCAGCUGCUUCCUUUUGUCCUGCACAGUGUUUGCUCCAACAGUUUGGCACCUGUGGAUUUAUUCACGAUCAGCAAAUGCGAACUUUUACUUCGGUGUCACGUUAGCCUUUGCUAUCGCACAAAUAUUUCUAGUUACCGAUGUUCUCUUUGCCAGCGUCAAACGAGAAUUUUCUUUGCGACACGGGCUGUCGAGAGAAAUCCACGGAAAUACUGGCAAACUUUUACUCGAAUAAACUCCAUUGGAUGUAUUUUUACACGUACAUUCCGUGUCCAGAUUGUAAUGCCGAUUGGAGGUGAAAAAUCGGGACGCACUCUAAAGAAGAUGAAACUAAACAUAUAAGCAUUCAUUCGAAAAUUGAAUGCGUAACGUCAAUUACGACGUUCACAAGUUUUAGUUGAGAAUUCACAAUGAAUUUAUUGCGGCGAAAAUAUCCCCUCUGCUUGGGUAACAACAAAAUCCAGUGUCAUGAUUCACGAACGAUUAAAAAUCUAAUUCACCAACAUUA